AUGCCGCCGAAAAAGAGCAACAACCUUCGGCGGCGCCCCGAGACGCCAAUCCUCAACGUCGCUCAACUUCAAGCCCAAGUACAAGCCCAGGAUGAACCUCUCACCGCCGACCCAAACUCGCCCCCAGAGACACCCACCACGUCGCCGCCUUUCUCUCGCAAAACCAGUCUAAAGCCACGGCGCCAACCUGACUUUCACGAUUAUUUCCAACCCUUGGACUCGGAUCCUAACAUCAGGCCAGUUGGCGAUGGCCAUCAAUUCAGUUAUCGACCUUCGCUGGGACCUGAGCAGCUGAGUCCUCGCUCUUCCUCCUCGUCCGGUAUGGCCGACGACGACAGCAGCGAUGAAGACAGCAGCAGCGAAGACGAAGACGAGUCGGCGAGCCCCAGCAUACGCAGUAUGGGAAACGCUACCGGCCCAGCUGUGUCUUCGCCAAUUGAUGAUUCUGAUGUUGACCUUGACAACGACACCGACAGUUCUAGUGAUUCGGACACUUCUGAAUCUGACUCAGAUGCAGAGUCAGAAAAGUCCGAGGCUACUGAUGAAGUCAUGGCCUCUCAUAUCACUAUUGAAACUACUGCGAUGGUUGCUCACAAUUUCACGCUCGAAGAUGUUGACCCUAUGGACAGCGAUUGUGACGGAUUGGAUGUCUUACAGCCCACCGAGAUCGAAUCCAACCGCAGUCGCUCAAGGUCAAGGUCAAGGCAUAGAAAGGAGCACAAAACUAUGGUCAAGGAUUUCCGAAACCUCAAUUGCAGUAACGAAACGUCGGAAACCGAGCCAGGGGCUGACCCCGAAGGCGUGCCCGACGAAGAAGCGAUAUUCCUCAAGCACCGAGAACGACUUAAGAGGAUCCGUCGAAUGAGCAUGGGUAGCAGCUUUGGCAAACGAACGCACAGCGAACUCAGCGAUUCUGAAGACGAUGGCGAGGGACUUGAUGCCAACGAGGUCGGCUCUAGCGCACGUCGCAUGCGGAGAAAGAUGCACCGAACGAGUCUAUUAUUCCACGACCCCCCUCCUGCGCGAAUCGAAGAACUCGAGGAACCUGACUCGAGUGAGGAUGAGUUUGUGGCGCGGCAUGAGCAUCUAGCCAGGGAAUUACCCUAUUGGGCCAUAGAAAUUAUGGAGAUGGACUCAAGUUAG